AUAUGAAAGAUAUCGCAGCCUUAUUCACCAUAUUUAGGAGAUCAUCAGCAAGUUUUUGCUUAGCUCCUAUCAUCAGGUUCUGAUAAUAUGGAAUUCUUCUAUAAACAUUCUCUACCUCUUCUUUUCAUUCUCCAAUUGUUAUGCUUCACUUCUAUAGGUCAAGCUUUGAACAGCAAUGUCACAGCUUUGUUAGUUUUUGGUGACUCCACGGUCGAUCCAGGAAACAAUAACAAUAUAAGAACGAUUUUUAAGGCAAAUUUUCCACCUUACGGGAGAGAAUUUGCAAACCAUACACCCACAGGAAGGUUCAGUGAUGGCCAGCUUACCACUGACUUUGUUGCUUCGUAUUUAGGCAUAAAAAAGUAUAUUCCACCGUAUUUGGAUCCAACUCUAAGCAUUCAGGAGCUGGUGACAGGAGUUAGCUUUGCGUCAGGCGCCUCUGGAUAUGAUCCACUUACGCCAACGCUAAGUAAUGUAAUUCCAAUGUCAAAGCAACUGGACUAUUUUAGAGAGUAUAAGAAAAAAAUUGAGCCAGCGAUUGGAAACCAAGGAAUCGAAGACCAUAUCAAUAAUGCAGUGUUCGUCAUCAGUGCUGGUACAAACGACUUCGUUGUCAACUAUUAUACUGUACCAGUUAGACGACAGAGCUACAAUGUCUCAAGUUACCAGCGAUUCUUACUUCAACAGGUUAAAGAGUUCAUUCAGGGUUUGUGGGAUGAAGGGGCUCGAAAGAUAGCGGUGUGUGGGCUACCUCCAAUGGGCUGCUUGCCAAUUGUUGACACCUUUUCUUCCAACAAUACUUUCACCAAUCGUAGUUGUAUUGAACAGUAUUCCUCUGUGGCAAGAGAUUAUAAUCAAAUGCUUCAAACUGAAUUGGAUGAGAUGCAACAAAGUUCAGCAAAUCAUGGUGCCAAAAUCUAUUACGUUGACAUAUAUGGACCGAUGUUCGACAUGGUUCAAUACCCUGAAAAAUAUGGGUAUGAAGAGGUUAAUGUCGGAUGUUGUGGAUCUGGAUAUGUAGAAACAUCAAUUUUGUGUAAUCAAGCUUCAACUGUAUGCACUGAUGCUUCUAAGUAUGUAUUUUGGGACGCAAUACAUCCUACUGAAAUGGCAUACAACGUUGUCUUUAAGGACAUUCGUUCUACAAUAGAUCUCAUCACCAGCGGCGUUGUCUCUUCUUCCAAAACCUGAUCUCUGCUCGUCACUGAUCACUCUCGUUAUCGAUCACUACUUGUCACCGAUUUCUGCCUGUCGUCGAUCCCUACACGUCGCUGAUCAGUAAAAGCUCUUUGUCUGCAACGUCGCAAGCUUGUCGGUGGAUGGACCAGUGGUGGAUGGGUAUGGUUUGGAUAUGUAUGGUUUGGAUAGGUAUGGUUUGUGGUUUUGGAUGGGUAUAGUUUUGUGGUGGACCGGUGGUGGUGGAUGGGUAUGGUUUGUGAUUUAGUGGGUAUCGGUGGUGCUUGGCGAUGGUUUUGAUAGAGUUGAGAUCAGGGUGGUGGGUUUUGGCUGGGGUUGAGAACAGGGUGGGUGGUGGUGGGUUUUGUAGUGGCUGUUGGUAUUGGGGUGAGGUUAGGUUGCGGUGGUAGGGUUUGGAUUUGCAGUUAUUUGUGGCAUUGAUGGUGGUUUUGGUGGAUGGGUGAAGACAUUGGAUAGAUUUUUUUUUUUUUUUUUUUGGUUGUUGUUUGUGGUUGUGAUGGAUCUGGCUGGUAGCUAGUGGUGGCGAUGGUGGGUGGAUGUGGUGAUUGUGAUAUGGGUGGGUGGAUAUGGUGGCCAACGGCAAUGGGUUGAGAAAGAAAGACACAGAGGAGAGAGAGACAGAGACAGAGAGAGGAAGAAUAAAAAAUGAUAAAGAAAGAAUAUUUAAAUGAAGUGUUAAAAAAAUAGAAAUUUUAAUGUAAAGGAUGUUGUAAUAAAGUGAUGUGUUAUAUGUUAUAAAAUUG